ACCCCGCUCAUUCAUAUAUUUUACUUGUAAGGAAUAUCAAUGAUUUCUUUCUACUAUUCCCUCUUCAUUCCUCGAGUAAGCUUGAAGAGAGGCUCUAGCUGCUGUAAGGUUAAGUGACGCUUUAGGCUUGCGACGGCGCUGCCACUAGUGACGAACUGCUCAGAACUUCAACGGUGAUCGAAUUAUAGUUAGUUAACUUAAAGGUCAAAGAAUUGGGUAGCUCACAGCACCUUGAGUAGAAGAUUAUAUAUAAACGUCAGGGAUCCCUUCUCUUUCAGGCAUCUGGGAAUUUUGAUUUCGUUUUUUUUCUGACCUUUUCGUUCAUGUCAUAAUCACAAAUCCCGAACAAUACCUGAUCUUCAUUAUUCAAAAUGCAGAACAAAAACACGAACACCACCGCUGACUCCGAGGAGUCUUCUACAAAACGACCCCAGACAGAGCAUGCCGCACUUCACUCAGAAGCUCCGAGUGGAGCAAGUUCCAUAGACUCUAAUGUAAAAGAUGCCGAAAUUGCCAGUGAUGAUGUUGGAAAUGCCACUCAAGCUGGUGUACAAAAUAUUGAGGCCGUAUCAAUGACCUGGACAACAUGUUCCUUAGUAAUAGCAUACAUUGGGUAUGUUUGCCGAGACAAUCAAGAUUAGACUAUGGGCUGUUACUAAAACAACUCUCAGUAUAUUUCUCAUCUCCUUUACCACCUCGCUCGAAUCGCAGGUGGUCAUGUCACUUUCUAUUUUUGCUACAAGCUCGUUCAACAACCACUCUUUAAUUUCUACAGUUUUUGUGGUGCAAAGUGUUGUCAUGGGUAUGGAAUCCUGUAGUUGUCUAAAUUUCUGCAUAACGGUAUUGACUCAAAAAUAUAGCUGUCAUCAAGACCCCCAUGGCAAAAACUGCCGAUGUAUUUGGUCGACUCGAGGCCUUCUCUAUUUCAAUCUUCCUUGCCGUGCUCGGUGGACUUACAAUGGCCAUUUCCAGCAAUGUUCAAACUUAUGCCGCGGCUCAAAUAUUCUACGCAGCUGGUUCGACCGGUCUCCAAAUACUCCAGCAGAUUUUCAUUGCUGAUACGACUGAUCUCCUCAAUCGUGCUUUGUGGUCCAGUUUACCACAAAUUCCAUUCUUGAUUACUGUAUGGAUCGGCGCGCCUAUUGGAGACAAGAUUUUGAAAACGACAACAUGGAGAUGGGGUUAUGCUAUUUGGUGUAUAAUCCUACCAGCCGUAUUUUUACCAUUGGCAUUGUCUCUGUUUCUUAACAAUAGGAAAGCGAAGAAAGCUAACCUCGCUGCUCCAUCGCCCUUGAAAGGAUUAGGCCCGAUUAGACUUGUAAAAACACUUUGGAAUGAUUUGGACAUCGGUGGUAUGAUUCUGUUGAGUGCUGCAUUUGCGCUCAUCUUGAUUCCACUCACCAUCGCAUCCAAGGCCUCAAACGGAUGGGCCAGUCCAGAUAUUAUCGUGAUGAUAGUUCUUGGGGUGCUUUGUCUCUUCAGCUUUCUCGUAUGGGAAUCCAUAAAACAGCUUGCGCCACAUCCACUCAUUCCCCUCGGUCUCCUGAAAUCUCGCUCAUUUUGCGCAGGAUGUGGCAUUGGAUUCUUCUAUUUCAGUAGGUUCAUGCUGGUUUGUGUCUCAUUCUCGUGUUAAUCUCUAUCAGUGGCAUUUUUCCUCUCAGUCCAACCAUACUUCUACUCCUAUCUUCUUGUCGUUCAGGACCUCUCUAUCCCCGCUGCCGGCCAUAUAACACAGGUGUUUUCAUUCACGGCAACCAUCUCAUCUGUGAUCAUAUCUUUCUUCAUCAAGUACACCAAAUACUAUAAACCCUAUAUUACUGCCGGCUCGCUCAUUUACCUCAUGGGGAUCGGCGUCAUGUAUCAUUACCGCCAGGAAAAUUCAUCUAUCGCCCAAAUCAUCGGCACCCAAAUCGCCGUCGGCAUUGGCGGAGGAAUGCUGAACGUCCCAGCUCAACUUGCAGUCCAAACUUCUGUCCCUAGCCAUCAAAACGUCGCUGUCGCGACAGCCGUCUACUUAACCUGUGUAGAAAUGGGUGGUGCGGUUGGAAGUGCCAUCGCUGGUGUCAUUUGGGGUCAUGAUAUCCCCAAGAAAUUGGCCGAAUAUUCAACUACCAUCAAUAGUAGCGCCGUGUAUAACAGUAUCAACAACGCACUCGCGUAUCCUAUGGGAAGUACUGAAAGAAUCGCAAUCAACAGAGCGUAUCAGGAAACUAUGCAUAAAUUGCUCGUCGUGGCACUCUGUGUGAGUGCACCGAUUGUGUUCUUGUCUUUGGUGAUUAAGAAUGUCAAGGUAGAUGCUGGAGAGGACAAGGUCAAGGGAAGAGUUAUUGGCGGUACUGUGGAGGAGAAACAAGAAACUCGGAAUAAUUAAAAUUUAGGUAAAUAUGGAGCUAGGUCGCAUAGAUUCGGAACAAUACGUGGGUAUAAUAAUUAAAUUAUGAGUAAAUAAUGAAAGUAGUCUUAAUUCGAACUUGCCCACGAAAACAGAAUUUGAAAAUCGUAGCCUUUGAGCGGAAGACAUAUGUUUUGUGGUUGAGCAAUGGUGGCGGGGGCGUAGACUGCAGAAAAUUUAUAAUG